AUGGAGCAAUCAACAACUCCCCAACCACCCCAGGGUAAUAAUGCCCAGCCCGCCAUUGAGCAGUCUUCAUUUCCUGACGACAUGUGGAAUAAUAUGGAUGGGAUCUUUCCUGAACUAGCUGUUCAACAAUCCGACCAACAAAUGCAACCCAACCAACAACAGACCCCCCAAGGCAUUACAUGGGAUCAUCCAAUCUUCACACAGACCAGCCAGCAGUCUGAACAACCGCCUUCGUUUCCACAGCAAAAUGAUCAUAUCCGAGAUUUCUACUCUGGGACGCCUCAGGCAUGGGGUCAGCCUACGGCUUCGACACAGACGACAAAUGGAGCUUCCGGUCAAGCAUACGGAAUUUCGCACCAACAUCCAUAUCCGAUACAACAACAAUUUCCUCAAGAUCAGGUCUCUUUCAAUUCCCGUACAUUGAAUCCUGAUACUCUUGCUUAUCAGUAUUCGAUCCCUGGCCAAUAUUACCAACAACCUGGUCUACAGCCUGCAGACCCAUAUGCUCAGCAACAGCACCGACAUCAGGCUAUUGCUCCGCGGCCUCCUUCCACUCAGCAGCAAUCCGUAUUGUCUGGAAGAAAUCAAACUACUCAGAGCCAUCAAUAUAUUAUGCCAACGAAUGUUACAGGCAAUACACAAACACGAAAUUUCAAUCAAUUUGAAAAUGCAGCAAAUCCAGGCAUGAGUUUUCAAAACACAAUCGAUCCACAAUUUCUCUCAUCCCUUCAAGAAGCAGCGGGCGGGCCCCAAGCAGCACAGAACCAAUUUUUGUUCUACAACCCGAAUGCCUCAUCAUACGAGCGGCCAAAUGAUCCAAAGACAUAUCAAGUUUUUCCAGACAAUCUGGCUCAGCUCAAUGCGGAACAACUAAAUGCUAGACAGCAGUUAGCACCUGGCCUGAUGGGACAACUUCCCCAGUUAGCACCCUAUCCUAUCGCUCCUGAAAUGCUAGUCCCAAACGGAGUACCUAAGCCAGUUGCUCAAGUAGCAAGCCCCAAGAAGCGGGGAAGGCCUAGAAAACACCCGCUCAAAACACCCAAUGAAAAGGCGAGGUCCGAUUCGAGUUCUGACGCUUCGGAUUCAGAGCUUGAAGUUGAAGAACCGGAUGAACCUUCGCCAUUGCCUGAAGUGCGUCCAGCAGACCCAGAAGGAGCUGUGCAAUACGAUACCAUUAAAGCUAUCUGGUCACCCCGUAAUAAGUAUCCCAGCGUUGAGAAGAUCAAAAAUGCUCUCGUCGCUUUCAAAGACGUUGUCAAGACAGUCCGAGAUGAAUGGAAGUCACUCAGCCAGGCAAUGAAGGAUGCCGAGAACCAAAACAACAACGAUAAAGCGUCGGAGCUGAGGAAUAAAGUUGUUGAACAACGAAAACUCAUCAAUGCCGUUAUCACCACGGCUAUAGACAAAGGCCAUCCUGUCAUUGUUGAAAAAUUAGGAGAGCACCCCAUGGCUGUUGCAGCUUUAUACUCCUUUCUACUUGAUCGCCACCAAGCCUCAGACUAUGAGGGCGUAUUGCUGGUGAACAUUUUGACGUUAUUAUCACGCUUCACAACCAUGGAUGAUGAUGUUCUUCUCAAAACCAAUGUUUCAAAACUUUUGCCAAGGAUCAUCAAAAAGGGCAUUCAACCCGGCAAAGAUCUUGCUCAAAAGAUCAUGGAUAAUGCAGCUCAGUCAACGAAACGGAAGCAGGAGUCAAACGGUAACUCACCUGCUAGAGACUCCACGCCUGACAAGUCAAACACAUCUACCACAGGAAUCAAGCGUACUCGCGAGGGAGAACCGAACGGUCUCCCAGCCACCAAGAAGAUGGUAACGCCUGUUAUAGCCGCAAAAGGUGGCCCCUCUACGAAAGCAGCUAUCGGUAAUACGGUCAAAGCUGCGGAUAACAAAACCACUACUGCACCAGCUGCACGACCCAAGGCCAGCAUUGUUCCUCCCAAGCCAACCAGUCUUUUUGGUAGUCUGGCCUCUGCAUCCAAGAAGCCUGGGACUUCAAAUGCGGCACGAGCUGCUGCUGCUGCUGCGGCCAAGGAGAAAGGCGGUGCUGCCACCGAGAAGAAAGACUCGCCACAACCAGCACCUGCCAAACCAGCUUUCUCCUUUGGUGAUAUUUUGGCAGACCUCAACAAGAAAGAGGAAGCCAACGUCAAGAAGCCGUCCAAUGAUCAGCCACCUGAAACUGAAGAAGAGCGCGAAAGGCGUCUUCGAAAGGAAGCACGCCGAAAACUCCGCGUCAGCUGGAAGCCUGACGACUCUCUCACCGAGGUCCGGCUGUUUACUCACGAUCCUGAGGAGGUUGUUGGGACGGAUGAUGACCUCAAGAGGGACGUUGACGACAUCAAAGGUGAAGGACGUAUGCUCAAGCUUCAUAAAGACUUGGAUGAAGAUGAGGACGAUGAAGUGGAACCACAGGAAGAAGAAAUCCGCCCUUGGACAAGCCUUCCCGUCGUUGAUCAAGACUUGAGCAACGAGGAUCAAGCGAACAAUUUCAUCAAGAGAGGUGGAACCAAGGAUCCUGACAGCCCUGAGAAGCUAGCUCAGGAAAGCAGAGAAGCCACAACCUUGAUGGUUUUCUAUACAUCUACCGCCGACAUUCCGGCCUCGCCGAAAGAACCACCUGUGCCUACUGAUGAUGAGCCGCCAGCCACUCAGUUGCCGUUUGGAGAACCCGAUGAUAGGGUCAAGGCUCGUUCUGCUCGCUACUUGGCGAUGGUUACUCCGCAACCCGCAGCAGCGCCUGCACCAGCUGCACCAGCUACACCUGUUGCGCCAGUUGCGUCAGUUGCGCCAGUUGCGUCAGUUGCGCCAGUUGCACCAGUUGUCCCUGGUGGUACUCUCGAUAUUGCCAAUCUACUGAAAGUCAUUCAAAGUGCACCCCAACAAGCACGAUCUCCUGUACCUGCUCCUCAGCAGGCACAAACUCCACCAAAUCCUCUCGCAAACCUUGAGCAGACCAUCAAUUUGUUCCGACAGCAACAACAAGGACAGGGCAUCAUCCCGCAGAUUCCGCAAAUCCCUCAAAUCCCACAAAUCCCUCAGAUUCCUCAAAUUCCUGUGUCCGCUCCAUCAGGACAGCAGCCAAUUGACUUUCAAAAGAUUCUAGCGGUGCUAAAUGCUCAGAAGCAAAUGGCGCAACAACAGCAACCUGUCGCUCCACAAAUGCCACAAGCACCACCGGGCAUCGCCCCCAAUCUCGCAGCGCUAGUUUCCCAAAUCAGUGGCCAGAGAACAGGCUCCCCAAUCUCACAACCACAACAACCACCCGCUCAAUCUUCCUCUGGCCUCUAUGAAGACCCAGAGCGAAAACGCUAUCGCGACAUGGGUCAUGGACACGACAACAACGGCUACGGACAACCAGGCAAUGCCAAACGUCCACGAAUGUACGUCGACCCUGAAGCGAAGAAACAUCCACGCGCUGGGUCUGUGGCAUGUCGAUUCUGGCGUGAAGGCAAAUGUCUCAAGGGCGAAGACUGCACGUUUCGUCAUGAUCCUGCUGAUUUGAUUUAA